UCAGGAUUUUCUUACAUAUAAUACAUUUGUAGAAAUAAAAGGUUUUAAAAUAGUAUACAUGUAAUUUGAUAGCAAUUGUAGAUAAAAUUAUGACUAGAUAUACUGACAUGCUCAUAAUGACAUGCAGAUUUUAAAAUGGGCUGCAUUUUUUUAAUUAAGACUGUGGGACAACCAGGCAAUAGUGCAUUACGAUAAUCUAUUUUUGAAGUUAUGAAUACAUAAACUAACUUUUCUAUUCAUUAACAGAGAGAGAAUCCAUAGCAUGGCAAUAUUUCUGAUACGAAAGUUUUAAUAGGGACAUUAGGUCCAAUCAGGCCCAACACUACUUAGUUAACACAAUUUAUUUGUAUUGAUCAUAUGUAAAUAAAUCAAUAUCUAGUCUAUAAUGUGCUUAGUGCAAUACACCAGCUUUAAAGGAGGAAAUAUAAAGCUGAAUUUCACCUAUGUAAUAGUAUCCAAAUGAUAUCAAUUGAAGGGAAUAUGUAAAUUGAGAAUAACAAAGGACCUAAGACUAAGCCUUGAGGCACACCACACUUUAUCCGUGUUAAACAGGACAUCUUUUCAUUUACAAAAAUAACUUGGUAGUUGUCGGACAGAUAAAAUCUUAAGCAGGCUAGCACCUGUUCACAAAUGUCAAUAUGAUUCUUAAGUAUUCUCAAAAGAAAGUCAUGAUCUAUAGGGCCAAAUGCAGUGCUAAGUAAUGCUAAAAGAUGCUGUCCGAGUCAAGUGCUAAAAUAAGUAUUUUGACAAGUAUAGGCCCAGCUGGAAUAGUACUUAGUAGCAUUUAAUAGUACAUUUUUAUUCUUAAUGACAUUUUCAUUUCUUAUGAGUUCUUACAAUUAAAACUCAAGAUUUCCUCACAGUAUUUCUCACGAAACUGAGACUAAUGUCCACUCAUGUUGUCCAGACAGCACAGGUGCACAAGGAUCUUUUGGGGGGGGGGCAAGUUGGUUGCGUAUGUAUGGUUUUUGUACGGUAGGUGGCGUUAUGAGUCUGUGUCGUCCCGCGUCACGUUACCUGCCAGACGGAAGAUUCAGCCAUUUCGAGCGAGUUCUGCGCUCUCUUGUAUUUGUACCCUUUAGGGAACGUAACCCAUUUUCCACAUCGUACAUAUCUUAAGGAAUAUUAACUGUAACUCGCAGUCAACAUAAAAGUGUCUCGGUCAUUCUUUAGCUAUUUUUUAGUAAUUGUCGCAAUCAAUCUGGCUGGGUGCGGUUGAGAAACUACAGCACGACGGAUUUAUAUGGAUAUUUAUAGCUACGAUCUUCAUCGUUUUUAAGCUUCAGAAAUUACAGAAUUCUUCAAUCAAAAUGGGAAACGCGUAUUUAAUGUUUAUUGUCUUAUUAUCCGUGGAGGGUGUGUUUGGUGCUGAGGCAGAUGCAUUGACGACAAUAGAAUCGAUGGAGGGAGAAUCUGUCAAACUAGAAACGUGUGUUACCAAAAUACAGAAGGAUGAUGAAGUGGAGUGGAAGUUUAUGCAUCAUGUCAUAGCUACGAUCAAGACUAAUAAUGUCUUAUUAUAUGACACUGAUGAUGCAAAAUUCAAAGACAAAUUACAUCUAGACGGUCAAACUGGAGAUCUAACCAUCAGAAACACCAGAACCAAACACUCUGGGACUUAUGAAGUGAAGAUCGUCAAUAUCACCAACCAAACAAUACACAAGAGAUUCAGUGUCACUGUCCUUAAUGCGAUCCCUAAGAAAGUGUCAGUAACGGAGGGAGAUUCUGUCACUUUACAGCAUGAUAUUGCUGAUAUAGAGAUUUACGAUGUGAUCGAGUGGAAGUUUGAAGAUGGAGAGACUCCCAUAGCUCAAAUCAACAAAAAGACCAGUAAAAACCCCUCAUACAAUGAUGCUGAUGAGAGAUUCAAAGACAGACUGCAGCUGGAUCAGACUGGAUCUCUGACCAUCACAAACACCAAAACCACAGACGCUGGACUCUAUAAACUACAGGUGAAGAGUCAAAACAUAGCGGCCAAAUACAGGACGUUCCGUGUUACUGUCAGUGAAUCAGGUCUGCCCACAGGUGUUAUAGUGAUCAUAUGUGUGUGUGUUAUUGCGUUGAUCGUGUUGGUGGUUGGGAUUUGGUGUUGGAAGAAACAACGUGAAACAAGUCGAACACCACAAGAUGAAGAUAAAGGGAAUGGGGUACAGGAUCCAUUGAAAGGACAGCAGUAGUUCAGAGCCUCUGUAACAUGAACACGAGCUGUGGUUGAAAUCAACCAGUUGUGAACUUCUGUGAACGGCUUCUUUGGCAUAAACCGAGAAUAUAUAUUUUGUGCAUUUGCUGGAAUGGUUUGCACUACAUGUUGAUCAAUGAUCCUGUUAUAUUAUGGUACAAUUCUUUGUUUUAAAAGUGUUUAAUUACCUGUUUUCAGUACAUAAUCAUGUUGGCUGGUGGGACUGUUCACUGCAGCUUUUUAAGGUGGAUGUUUUCAAGGUCAAAUGACAACAACGGCAGGUUUCAUCUUUAAAAAGAUUGUUUUCCUUAGUGAUUCAAAUCAUGCUUUAGAGGGCUAAAGAGGGAAUUGUGUGAUUGAUGCUUUUUUUCAUGUGCAGGACGAGCCUGUUUUGGGGGUAAUAAUAUGCACAUGCUUAUUUUCUUAAGUCUUUUUUUCAUAGUGUUAUGGAAACUGCCUCAUUGUUGCUCUGUAAGUAUAUUUUAAGAUACGUAAUUUACUCACUCUGAUACUCUGUUUACAUUAGGGUAGGUUAUGAUAAACUGCUGUUUACUUGCCUUUAGUGAAUGCUGAUAUGGGUGUUGAAUAUUUCCAGUUAUGGAGGCCCACAUAAUUGUUUUAAUGUGAAAUUAUUAAGGAUUUGCAAUUAAAAUGAAUGUCGAAGUUAUUGCACUUAUUGUAAAGCCAUUGAAUGGCCUAAUUGAUUUGAUGUGUAGCCAAAUUUUUUGUUAUACAAAUCUCUGCUAGGCUGUAAUUGAAAAUUAUCAUGUCUUGAUGCCUUUUUGUUGUAUGUUGGGAAAUAUUUGGAAUAAUAAAAUGGGAAAAUAUGUGCAGCAGCGCAACAACUAUUUAAUUGCAAAAAAAAAAAAAACAUGACUUUCUAUCUCAAAGCUUAGUUUUUACAGCAUCUAUUUACGUAUUUGAUAGACUAGCCUACAUAUUAAUAUAUGGUGCAGUUUGUGUUGUAAUCUUGUGUUGGUUAAUAUGUUGAUUAAUAUAUGAUGUUAAUCUUUUAGAGGGCAUGUAAAAUUAAUGGUUUCAGAUUAUGGUUUUUGAUUUUGUUAACAUGAAUCUAGUUCCCUGUUGAAAAAAAAACAGCAUAUACUGAUUAGGUAUGUUUUGAAGCAUGGAAGCUGCCUGGUUUGAGCUGGUUUAAGACGGUCAAGUGCUGGUCCUGAGCUGGAGCUAGUUGCUUAGGACCAGCAAUUGACCAUUUAUCUGCUCCGUCUUUUGCUUUGUUGUGUCUGGGUCAAGGUUCUUCUGUUCUCUAAAAGUUUAAACUUUCUCAGAAUGUCAAUUUGAAAACAUAACUGUCAUUUUAUCUGAAUAAACACUGGAAACAUCUGCGGGUCAAAGGAAGGUACAAGAGGUGGUACCUAGAUGUUCAAUAGUCCAGUUCCUGGUAUUGUGUUCACAGAUGAUUGAGGUGAGAUAAAUAUCAGACCACCUUAACGAGAUUUAUUAGUUCCAUUCAUUAGGUGGCGCUGUUCAGCUAAUCGAUAACUAGAAUAUGCUGCUGUUUCCAGCAGAUGUUCUUUAGCGCCUUUUCCCUCAAACACAAACACACUGAUUUCUUUCAGCAUUAUAGAGACAUCGUUAUGAAAAAUCUUCCCUCAAUCUCGGUCUCUCUGUCGGUCUUCAGUCGGGUUUUCAGUCUAUAAUCCUCUGUCAGUGGGGAGCGGCUCGGGAACUAUAACACUCAGAAACGGCAAAUAUUUAUAUAAAUAAUCGCCUUCUAGAAGUCAUAUUUUACAGUCGUGUUCGAAAAUAUGAAUAACCUAAUUUUCCCUAUUUUCUUAUUUUUCGCUGAAGGUUUGUUUGGUUUUGAGACAGAUGGAGUGAAGUCAGUAUCAGUGAUGGAGGGAGAUUCUGUCACUCUACACACUUGUCUUAAUCAAAUACAAAAAUAUGAUAAGAUACUGUGGAAGUUUGAAAAUGCUCUCAUAGCUCAAAUCAACAAAGACCAAACAUCUUCCACAUAUGAUGGUGCUGAUGGGAGAUUCAGAGACAGACUGGAGCUAGACUUUGAAUCUGGAUCUCUGACCAUCAGGAACAUCAGAACCAACCACUCUGGACUUUAUAAAGUGGACAUGAUCAGCACAAGUGGAUCCUUAAACAAGAGAUUCAAUGUUACUGUAAUUGGUGUGUUUGAUCCAGAUGCAGAUAAAAUAAAGCCAGUGUCGGUGAUGGAGGGAGAUCCUGUCAUUCUAAACACUGAUGUUAAACUACACAAAGAUGAUCUGAUGCUGUGGAGCUUUGCACGAGCCACAAAACGUUGCAUAUAUAAUCCGCUUCAUCAUAACCCGUGUCUAAGCGACGCGACUGCCAUCGCUAAAAUUGAUGGAGAAACUCGGGAGGUCUCAUUAGAUCCUGGUGUCAGUGAGAUAUUUAAUAACAGAUUGAAGAUGGACAAAAUGAGCGGAUCUCUGACCAUCACAAACGUCAGAACUGAACACUCUGGGUUUUAUAUAUUGCAGAUCAGCAACAACACUGGGACCAAAUACAGGAGAUUCAACGUUACUGUCCGUGCCGUUACAAAAUCCCACUCGUGUACAGUUUGGAUGUCAAUUGCUCUAAUACUUUUGUUGAUGAUGGCGGUUGGGUGUUUGGCUGCGGGCAUUAAAAACUGGAAUGUUUUGUUAGGGAGAGUGAGGUCAUAUAACUGCUGUCAAUCAAAGAGGCCACAGGAAAUGGAAUCAACACCGAAGACAGUGAGGGAAGGAGAACCUCUCAUUCUCGACACUGAACAUGCUGAACUACAGAAAGACGAUGUGAUAGAGUGGAAGUUUAAAGGAAACGUCAUAGCAAGAAUCAGUAGAGUGGCCAAUAAGACCAAUAAGAAGACGUAUGAUGGUGCUGAUGGGAGUUUCAGAGGCAGACUGGAGCUGAACAGUAUGACUGGAUCUCUGACCAUCACAAACACCAGAAACACAGACUCUGGAGAUUAUCAACUACUGAUUACCAACAAUGGAAAAGUGCAGUCAAACAAAAAAUUCAAUGUUUUUGUCAUUGAUUCCAGUCAAAACAGACAAAGUGAUUCAGAAACUCUAUUGCUGGGUGAAGAGAGACGCAGCAGAUCUUGUAUGGAGGUGGAAUAAUAAAUAUACAAAUACAUACACUGUUAUGUGCCUCUAGAAACAUUUCACACUCAUAAAUGAUUAGGAACUGACCAUAUGUGAAAGGUCUUGUGCUGUAUAGAUAAUAUAAGAGAUUGUAUAUACACCACAUGUCUUUCACUGACUGAUGUGUAUACUGUAUUUCUGUGGAUAUUCUCAUAUAAGUAAAAGUGCAGCUAAUGAAUGUGAAUGCUGUGUGUUUUUGUAAAUAUCCGUCAUGCUGUAUCAUACUAAAUGUCUGUACGGGAUUAUUGUGAUGCUUUUAUUGGAGAAAUAAUCCAUUUUUUGAGUGACUUCCACCAUUGUAAUUUCCAAAUAGACAUACCUCUUUUGUGAGUGCUUAACUUACUUAAUUGUAUCUAUAAAGGCACUUUAUGGCUGUGUAGCCAAAUAAUAAUAGUAGGAAACACUUAUUGUCUCUGCUGUUCUGUACAUUCAUUUCUGCUUUACCUCUGUGCUAUUAUGAAACACUUGAAAUUCAGUACUGUUUAUUUUUUAAGUCGCAUCUGAUAAAACAUUUGCUGCUCAAUUAAUAAAUGUGGAUGAAAACACUUUGUCUUAAUUGUAAAUUUCCAUUUGGGUUUUUGGUGCUUUUUUCUUAUAAUACAUGUAUAAAAUAAUACACGUUAUUUAUAGCCUCAUGCUUCUGGAGAAACUGACAAUAUUCUGUGUUCUCUGUCAGUUUGUCAUACGAUCAGAUUUGAUUAUGAAAUGUGACGCGGUCUUGUGUGUAGUUUUUUUGAGACUGAUUUACUGUUGAUCCAUAUGCUCUUACUGGGAACGCUGCGUUUGUUUUUACUUUCAGCUCUUUUAAAUAUAUCAUGUGAAUGUAUAUGUAAAUAAGAAUUAUGGUGAUAAAUAAAUGUCUAAUGCGAAUGA